AUGAACAUACAACCCAUUCCAUACCAGCCACUCAAAUCCGACGCGAUUCGUCUCCUCCACGUCCAUCCCGGUACAUCCAAUUCAAUUAGCGUUGAUAUUCACACUGUCGAGACCUCCGCAAACCAAACCUUCUGGGCGUUAUCCUACGUCUGGGGCGCUCGAGAAAACCCCGCCGUAAUUCUCCUCAAUGGACAACCGUUCAGCAUCACGAGGAAUUUGUACAAUGCUCUGAUUGAGUACAGGCGUCACACGUUCGAGAAUGGUACUGAAGAAAAGGCAUUGAUAUGGGUCGAUGCUAUUUGCAUCAAUCAGAAUGAUAAUGUUGAGAAAUCUGUCCAGGUUCCCCGCAUGUCGGAUAUCUACGGGAAAUGUCAGCACGUCUUGGCUUGGCUGGGCCCCGUUGAGAAUAAGGAUGAAGACACGAUAUCCAAGUUGUCUGAGAAAUUGAAGGACUUCAAGUCACCGGGUGGUGAAGAUCUUGAAGAAGAUGAGCGAAUCAAGGCAUUUAUGAAGCUUGGAAAAGCAGAUCAAGAAACUGCAGCAGAAGUCGAGCUGGUUCGCAAAGCGCUGAAAAGCAUCGGUCAUCGUCCUUGGUUCCGACGCAUCUGGAUCCUUCAAGAAGCCGUCCUAGCCCAAAAGUCGCCCAUUUUACUCUGUGGACAGUAUGAGCUUGGAUAUGAUAUCUUCUUCAAAACUUGGGUUCUAAUGCUGAAUCCCUCUGAGGAUGGGCAACUUCUUUACUCGUUCAUGGCGAAGAAUCCUGUCAGGUUCAAAGCAAUUGAGGUCACGUACAAAAAGAUAUUGCGAGAAAGAGGUGCAAACGGCCAAGGUGAAAUUAGCCAGAAAAAACAGUCCGCACUUGACAUCUUCAAGCUACUGAGCGAAGCGACUGAACUCGAAGCUACCGUUGCACACGACCGUCUGUACGCCCUGAUUGGCCUCUUGGCUUGCGAUGCUCUACCAAAGGCUAUACAGCCCGACUAUACCAAGCCUCUAGAGAACUUGUGCCACGACCUCACUGUCUUUAUCCUCAAGCAAACGAACGACAUCCGAGCUUUGAACUUGGGUACAGUGGGCAGUUUCACGGGUGUGCCUUCUUGGACUCCAGAUAUUCGCAAUAGUUGGACGGCAAGGUCUAAUCUUGGGAACAAUCUUGGCGGACAUUUUCACUUAUCACCAGAUGGAUAUACUCUUACACUGCCGGCUAUUAUCCUUGGUCAGUGUGUUUCUGUCAGCAGCACCGUCAAGCCGGACCCCGAAACUGGUAUCAUGCCGCCUUCAGCCUUUUUAAAAUAUGAUCAGGACAUCAUCAGCCCUGUCGCAGCGAUAAGACAGGUGACGCGCAUGGAGGUUAUGAUUGAGUGGCUCAAACACCAUUUUGCAGACAUAUAUACUGAGGAGCGGUUAGUCCAGGAUCCCUCUAUCUUGCAGAGGAUUAUGCUUGCGUAUACAUGCAUGGUGCACGACCAACCGAUUUCAGCGCUUGGUACAAGAUAUGGCAGUAAGCAACAACUUCAUGGGGCAUUUGGAAUGGUUACAGAUCCUAUUAUUCAACAUAACCUCAUUGGGUGCAGUAGUUUUGUUCUGCAGGAUGGAACAGGAGGGAGUCUUCUUCACGACGGGAGUGUUGCGGCUGUUGGAGAUGCGAUCUGUGUGUUUCAAGGUCUUUCCGUCCCGCUUUUAAUAAGAUCGGAUCAUGGGAAUAAUUGCAGGGUCAUUGGACAGGUUUCGAAGUGGGAGAACACUGGAUCGAGUUUACCUGCAGAGGUCCUUGAGAGCUAUCGGUGCUCAUUCGAGGGAUAUCAUCUGGGCAAGCAGACGGAGCAUGCUGUUAGAAUGAUGCAUUUACAUUAG